GCUCUCCGCCCCCUCCGCUGGUUGUGGCGCUGGGUUGCAGCGCCGGUCGUGGCGGUUUCUGUACCCGAAACCGGGAUCGUGGAGUCGUUCCCCGGGGCGGCGGCCAGGCUAUGAUCGCGGGUCCCCGGCCUCCCUCUCGGGUCAUCCAGAGUCCUUGUCUCAGCGUGUGCCUGUGGCCGAGCGGUCUCCUUCACCCGGUCCCACUGCACAGUUGGCAGCGGCGCUCCCGGCGCGCCCCCUCCUCCGAUGGCGGCGGAGAUCCAGCCCAAACCGCUGACCCGCAAGCCGAUCCUGCUGCAGCGGGUCGAGGGGUCCCAGGAGGUGGUGAAUAUGGCCGUGAUCGUUCCCAAGGAGGAGGGCGUGAUCAGCGUCUCGGAGGACAGGACAGUUCGAGUAUGGCUAAAGAGAGACAGUGGACAAUACUGGCCAAGCAUAUACCACGUGAUGCCUUCUCCAUGUUCAUGCAUGUCUUUUAACCCGGAAACAAGAAGACUGUCCAUAGGUCUAGACAAUGGUACAAUCUCAGAAUUCAUUUUAUCAGAAGAUUAUAACAAGAUGACUCCUGUGAAAACCUAUCCAGCGCAUCAGAGCAGAGUGACGAUGGUCCUGUUUGUCCUGGAGCUGGAGUGGGUGCUGAGCACCGGGCAGGACAAGCAGUUUGCCUGGCACUGCUCCGAGAGUGGCCGCCGCCUGGGAGGGUACCGCACCAGGGCUGGGGCCUCGGGCCUGCAAUUUGACGUCGAGACCCGGCACGUGUUUAUCGGUGACCAUUCGGGCCAAGUCACCAUCCUCAAACUGGAGCCCGAGACCUGCACGCUGGUCACAGCAUUCAGAGGACACACAGGUGGGGUGACGGCUCUCUGCUGGGACCCCGUCCAGCGGGUGCUGUUCUCAGGCAGCUCCGAUCACUCCGUGAUCAUGUGGGACAUCGGCGGGAGAAAAGGAACUGCCAUCGAGCUCCAAGGACACAACGACAAGAUCCAGGCCCUCUCCUACGCCCAGCACACGCGGCAGCUCAUCUCCUGCGGCAGCGACGGUGGCAUCGUCGUCUGGAACAUGGACGUGGAGAGGCAGGAGACCCCGGAAUGGUUGGACAGCGAUUCCUGCCAAAAGUGCGACCAGCCUUUCUUCUGGAACUUCAAGCAAAUGUGGGACAGCAGGAAAAUCGGCCUGAGACAGCACCACUGCCGCAAGUGCGGGAAGGCCGUCUGCGGCAAGUGCAGCUCCAAACGCUCCUCCAUCCCCCUGAUGGGCUUCGAGUUUGAAGUGAGGGUCUGUGACAGCUGCCACGAGGCCAUCACCGAUGAAGAGCGAGCGCCCACGGCCACCUUCCACGACAGUAAACACGGCAUCGUGCACGUGCAUUUCGAUGCCACCAGAGGCUGGUUGCUGACUGCAGGGACCGACAAGGUCAUUAAGUUGUGGGACAUGACCCCGGUAGUAGCUUGAUGACACCCCGGGCGUCGGAAAGGCGGUGUUUGCUCAGGAAGUGGUGGCUGGGACCCAAGUCAGGACUGGAACCGCGACGCAAGAGGACAGAGACUGAGGAAGUUGGCUGAGUUUGAACGCUGCUCGCACACCGGCGGUGAGCUACUGAGUGUGCACCUGCAGGGGACUCCUUCGGCUUAUUCACACAGUUUAAAAGAAGAUAUUUUUUUAACAAAUGGUUUAUACGGUCUGGCUGUGCUGCUUCGUUUUGAGUAUAUAGAAAACUCUCUGUGGGGCGUGUCAUUGUUACAGUUUUCAGCCCUUCACUGUCGUCGUUGCUUUGUGUAUCGGAGAAUCGAGGGACGUGUCUGUUGAGGGUGCUUUUGUGUCAUUGUAAAACGGCGUCCGUGGUGUCCACAGGGCACGGGUCCUGUGGGCAGCAGCUGUUCCCCUGCGUCUGUGUGUUUCCAGGUCAUUCGCAGUGUUUCUGCCUCCGUGGGAACCCUCCUCUACCAAGAGGCCGGGAAACCAUCCUCGUAGGUUCCCCGCCCAACUCCUUCAACCACCUGGAGCAUUGGUCUCUAACAUCUCA